UCUUUGUCCGUAAUUUGUGUUCUUGGGUUAGAUACAGUAUACAGUAGUACAGUACAAACAAAGUUUACAGAAUAUUUAUUCUGUAAACUUUGGUACAAGGAACGUAAUAUCCUGUUAGGGUACACAGUCACAGUACACACAUGAGUAAUUAGUUAAUCAUAUGGGUACACAUACUACAAAAUACCAUUAAUAUACGACUUCACUCGCGAAAAAACUGAAAAAAGCCUAAUAUGUAAUAUGUCUUCGUUAUCUCUUCCUCAAAAAAGAUUUUAUAGACAAAGAGCACAUUCUAACCCUAUUGCAGAUCAUUGCUUUAAUUACCCCCGGACUCCAGAUGAAAUGGACUGGAGUAAAUAUUAUCCAGAAAAAAUGUUAGAUUCUAAUAUAAAAGCUGAGGUUGAUAUUGUGGAUAUUGGUUGUGGUUAUGGUGGUUUAUUACUAACUUUAUCACCAAUGUUUCCAAAUAAUUUAAUAGUAGGCAUGGAGAUACGUGUAAAAGUUUCUGACUAUGUUAUGGAUAGAAUAGCAGCUUUACGUUGCCAGCAUCCUGGCAUAUAUCAAAACAUAGCUUGUUUAAGAACUAAUGCUAUGAAGUAUUUUCCAAACUAUUUUAAGAAAGGACAG